GAUUGCCGCAGAACUUCGAGGAAUAAUGUGGUGAAUAUGCCUGUCAGUGGCGUAUAAGAAUGACCGCCGUCGUCCUCAAGCGCUAUGCAUGAUGCGGUGGAGGCGUCACGUCUCCCGCUAUGUGUCACGAGGCAUUACCUCUGCCUUAGUCGAAAGUGCUCGACGCGAAAGCAUCUCAGCGCACAAGGGGCGAUCAACACUGUAUCGAUUCUCAUGGCGUAGUGCUUGGCUCGUCUUCUAUACGAUAGUACCCCUGUCCUGGUCUUUCGUGCCUGUCGAUUAUGGCAAGCCUUCUCGGGAGUCGUCAUCCCUGCUCUCGCCGAAUAGUUCUUGCUUGCGAAGGAAGCCUCCCACGCAAGACCUCGUGGACCUCUUCACUCCGUCGCAUUAAUGCCUGUCAUUUUGCACGUCGCUUGAACUCUCUGCCUUACUGCUUGAGUUUGGCGUCGGCAUUCGCAUUCGUCUUUGUUUUCAUGGAAUAGUGAUCGGAACCCUGCGCCGACGAAGCAAUA